AUGCGUCAUUACUUCUAUGCAGAGGACAUUAUUGGUUGGCGGGACUCCAUGUUCGGCAGGAGGUUCGGCAUCGUGGUGGAAGUUCUGCGCCAGGUGGUUUUUGGCCUCCCAGGUUUUCUUUUGCCUGGUGGUGUCCAUUUUAAGGCGACUUUUGUGAUGCGGUCCUGCUCCAUCCUCAACACAUGUCCCAGCCAUCUCAGGCGUCUGUGCAUCAAAGAAGAGUUCCGGCAUAUAACCACUGUUCCUCUGGAAGAGACAUUUAUGCCGAAGCUAGACGAGCACACACCACGUCUUCCGCAGCUGAUGCGUGCAAAAGGAAGAGCUGCUGCUACAAGGAUGCAGCAUCUCCUGAACACUGCAAAUGAGGAGGACGAACACGAGGACCACACAGACCAAACCAUGAAAGUGCUUGUGAUCCAUGACCCCAGAGCUGAGGUGGAUCCAGCAGAUGUUUCUAUCGUGAUAGUGGGCGACAAGGUACUGAACGGAUGUAGAACUCGCACCAAGUCAUCGGCUUUACUCUGGACCUCUUCUUUGACUGCCACAGGUUCUCAGCUGAGAUUAGCUGGGUUUGGAUCUACUCAGUGCUCUGGAAGAGUUGAAAUCUUCUCUGGCAGUACCUGGGGAACAGUUUGUGAUGAUGAUUGGGACUUAGAAGAUGCUGAGGUGGUGUGCAGACAGCUGAACUGUGGGACAGCAGAGAGUGCUCCUGGAAGUGCCCUUUUUGGUGAAGGAACUGACCCGAUCUUGCUGGAUGAAGUGGCCUGUUCAGGAAGUGAAAGGUCUCUUUUGGACUGUCAGCACGAUGGAUAUCAGAAUCACGACUGUACACACGAUCAGGAUGCUGGAGUGAUCUGCUCACAUGCUGAGCUCAGAUUAGCUGGGUUUGGAUCUACUCAGUGCUCUGGAAGAGUUGAAAUCUUCUCUGGCAGUACCUGGGGAACAGUUUGUGAUGAUCAUUGGGACUUAAGAGCUGCUGAGGUGGUGUGCAGACAGCUGAACUGUGGGACAGCAGAGAGUGCUCCUGGAAGUGCCCUUUUUGGUGAAGGAACUGACCCGAUCUUGCUGGAUAAUGUGACCUGUUCAGGAAGUGAAAGGUUUCUUUCGGACUGUCAGCACAAUCGCUCUCAGAAUCACGACUGUAAACACGAUCAGGAUGCUGGCGUGAUCUGCUCACGUGCUGAGCUCAGAUUAGCUGGGUCUGGAUCUACUCAGUGCUCUGGAAGAGUUGAAAUCUUCUCUGGCAGUACCUGGGGAACAGUUUGUGAUGAUGAUUGGGACUUAGAAGAUGCUGAGGUGGUGUGCAGACAGCUGAACUGUGGGACAGCACUGAGGGCUCCUGGAAGUGCCGUUUUUGGUAAAGGAACUGACCCGAUCUUGCUGGAUAAUGUGGCCUGUUCAGGAAGUGAAAGGUCUCUUUUGGACUGUCAGCACGAUGGAUAUCAGAAUCACGACUGUACACACGAUCAGGAUGCUGGAGUGAUCUGCUCACGUGCUGAGCUCAGAUUAGCUGGGUCUGGAUCUACUCAGUGCUCUGGAAGAGUUGAAAUCUUCUCUGGCAGUACCUGGGGAACAGUUUGUGAUGAUCAUUGGGACUUAAGAGCUGCUGAGGUGGUGUGCAGACAGCUGAACUGUGGGACAGCACUGAGGGCUCCUGGAAGUGUCGUUUUUGGUGAAGGAACUGACCCGAUCUUGCUGGAUGAUGUGACCUGUUCAGGAAGUGAAAGGUCUCUUUCAGACUGUCAGCACGAUGGAUAUCAGAAUCACGACUGUACACACGAUGAGGAUGCUGGCGUGGUCUGCUCACGUGCUGAGCUCAGAUUAGCUGGGUUUGGAUCUACUCAGUGCUCUGGAAGAGUUGAAAUCUUCUCUGGCAGUACCUGGGGAACAGUUUGUGAUGAUGAGUGGGACUUAAGAGCUGCUGAGGUGGUGUGCAGACAGCUGAACUGUGGGACAGCACUGAGGGCUCCUGGAGGUGCUGUUUUUGGUGAAGGAACUGACCCGAUCUUGCUGGAUGAAGUGGCCUGUUCAGGAAGUGAAAGGUUUCUUUCGGACUGUCAGCACAGAGGAUAUCAGAAUCACGACUGUGAACAUGAUCAGGAUGCUGGAGUGAUCUGUUCUGGGUCACUGAUGGACUACCCAGUAGCUGAAAGCUUCUUGCAGUUGCCGGUGGUGCUGGUGGUGCUGGUGGUGCUGGUACUGUUGCUGGUGGUACUGUUGCUGGUGGUGAUCUUUCUGGUCUGCAGGAGAAGACAGCAAGCAGAGCAGCCAACCCUGGUCCACAGCAAAUUGGCUGUCAGAGUUGGAAAGUAUAGCAACGGUGAUGCAGAUAAUGUGAAUAUGGAUCCGGUGAAAACCAAGAAGAAUCUCAAAGAGGAAACAGAAUCAGUGGAUGAGGACAAUAUUUAUGAGGAACCAGGCAAAUUUGAUGAUGACGAUUAUGAAGAAUUAGGCCUAAAUUCACGUUUUAGAAAGGACAAGGAGGUCUGUUUCAGUGUAGAAGAAACCAGUGAAGAGGAAGAUAACUAUGUGAAUGUAGAACCACUUACUGAACCAACUGUUGUUAUUCAUGGAAACCGUGAGCAUGUUUAUCAGAACUUUUGAGAUGUCCUCUUGUUAGCAGUGACUCUGUGGGUCAGUGGUAGAGUUGGUCAUCCCUCAACCAGGAGGUUUGGCUUUGUGUGUGCGCGUGUGUGUGACUUUUCCCUCCUGAGCCCAGUCGCAUCCAAUCAUCUGACCAAACUUUUACGAUUUGGCACCGGAAGGCAUCAGAUAUUUUAAAGGCAUAUUUAAAGAUAGAUGCUUUGUUUCUUUUAAUCAACUAUCUGAGAAAUGCAAACAUAUUUCUUCUGAUAUUGCAGGCCCGACAAUAUAUUCGUUCAAACCUACCUUGUUUCCCUUCAGAACCUGACACCAACCCUGUUGAUGCUUUUCUUUCUUUCCUUUAACCCACUGUCUAGAGGUGCACUGUUUAAAUUGUAUAGUAACAUCUCGAUGUUGACUUGUUCACCUCUGGACAAGAUUAGGGCAGAAUGGGAACGAGACUUAGGACAUAUAUCUGAUGAUCAGUGGGACUCUCCUCUUCUAUCAACACAAAAGUCUUCAAUCUGCGCAUGGCAUUGCCUUCGGCAAUUCAGGGUGGUCCAUAGGGCCCACAUCCAGCCAUCCAGAUAUACCUAAUAAUUCACUUUUUUUAGUCUACAUCUGUAAAUUUUGUAAUUACUGUACAUA